CGGAGAUAGCGAAAGAAACAACCCCUGCCAUUGGCAAAUACACUAAUCCGUACUGCACCCAACUUGAUCAAAUAUUGGCUGAUACAACACGACGACCAGCCCUUCAUCACCGAUAUUCCAAGGUCUAAGGUCCACAUCGGUAUUAUAAUAUUCAUUGAAUCUAAUCAACCAGUCACUCGCUCUUGUCCCCCAUCGCAAACCCUUUGCGAACAAAGGGACUAGAAAUGUCGACGUAGCCUUGCGAUCGAUUUUUCAUUCUCUAUCCGCAGCCUUGCAACUUGUGAUUCCGCUGCCUUAUAGUAGCCCAAAUUAUGGCCCAUCCCUCGACUCCAUCCGCAAUUGCUCACUCCCUUUUUGGUGGACCCGUCAGCUCAACACAUCAUCAUCAUCAUCAUCAUCCGGCUCUCCCUUUACCGUCUGUCACACCAGCGACUUCGAAUGCGCCGACCCCCGUAUCCGCCUCCGCCAUGUCUGCCGUGUCCUCUAACAACACAUUUGUCAUGACAAAUUCGCCUAUGAAGAGUAGGGCUAUAAUGGAUAAUUACCGGCCUAAGGUGACACGAACCCUCGGCCAACGACCCGCCUGCUUGGUGAACGCCUCGGUUACAUAUUGUGGUAACAAUCAAAUAUAUGCAUUCGGCGGUUUCGACCAGUACACGGAUGAGGUCUACAACCACGUACUGAAGCUAGACCUCGUAAGCCAUCAAUGGAGCUUGGUUGAUAACUAUGGAGAUAUCCCUGGUGUAAGAAUGGGACACACUGCGACCUUGUAUCAGGGUGACAAGCUUCUUGUUUUCGGUGGCGAGAAUGAGCACAGGACAUAUCUUUCCGAUUUGAUAAUAUUUGAUCUGAAGAGUGCCCACUGGACCCAGCCUCAAGUGUCUGGUCCCGUCCCCAAGGGCCGAGCCAGACAUGCGGCUGUCCUACAUGAGGACAAGUUGUUCAUCAUUGGUGGCAUCACAGGUCAUGAGAGCUAUGUCUCAGAAGAUAUUUGCUACCUCGACUUGAAGACUUAUACUUGGUCGAGGUCAUGGCGCUUCGUUCCUAGAUUCGAUCACUCUGCCUACGUAUGGAAUGAUCGGAUUUGGGUGUUCGGCGGAUUAAGUAGAGACAUGGACAAGAUAGGCGACCUGUGCUGGCUAGACUUGAAGGGUAGCCCGGAUUUUGAGUCUCCGCCUCAGAUUGGGGGUUCCGUCGACAGGCACACUAUAGCUAGCCGCUCAAGCGAUUCACCGCGGACCCCUUAUUCGCUAGGCUCGGCGCCGCCCCUUUCGGCCUCAGGCUUUGCAGCCAACAUCCGGGCAGCCCAAGUCAGCACUCCCUCAUUCCACUUGAAGAAGCAAGUUCCAAUGGCGCCCGGGGCCAUCUCUGUCCUAAGAUUCGUUUCCGGGGGCAAUGUUCCAUCGCAAGGUUCUGGCAUUCAUUUCCAUAUUUAUUCUUCCGGAAGUCUUCUGGACUUUGUCACCCCCGUCGCAACCAUCACCCCGAAGGAGUGUUCCCUUUCAGCUUUGGAUUUAAAUACUCUACGAUGGCAGAAACUGGCUGAUGGCCGUGAGAUUUUUAAGCCGGGCUAUCAAUGGCAUUAUUGCACGAUGAAUGAAGAUGGUACUAAGGCCUGGCUACUUGGAUGCCCUACUGACGCUAUCAAUGAUGUUGGUCCGGGUGGCUUUGAGGAGUAUCUAAGUGAUAUUAUGGAGAUUGACCUGCGACGCUACGGAUUUCUAGGAAAUAAUGCAGUUUCCGAGUCUCGAGCGGAGUAUUCUAGACCAACCGCGCACACCAGGGUUCAAGACCAGCCAUCGAAAGGGCUUGGUCACGAUCUUGCAAAACUCUUUAACCAACCGCCCGAGGCUGGAAGUGGAACAGACUUUAUCAUCACCGCUCUCGCCGGUGACGACUACGACGAUGACGAUAUGAUGGGUUCUAGUCUCAUCCGUGCAGGAGAGUCCCCGAUGGAUCAGAAUUGGCUCACACCAGACGCCCCUACUUCUGCUCCUAUCCAUGUACACAAGCUAAUCCUCCAAGCUCGAUGGCCUCAUUUUGCCCGUUUGUACAACGCGCAAAUGGCAGAAUUCCACACUAAAAAGAUGCACAUUCCAGAGCCUUACACAGUCGUCAAGGCUUUCCUAUACUACCUCUAUACGGAUAGCAUCCACUCUGAUGACGGCGCAACCGAUCUUUCAGACGUUGCCGGCCUAUUGGUAAUGUCAAAUAUCUACAAUAUUCCUCAUCUACGCCUCCUCUGCGUGAAUCGAUUAUCAAAAGAACUCGAUGUAGAGCACGCAUGUAUCAUUUGGUAUUGCGCAGGACUCGCGAGCGAGGAAUGGCUGCGCAAACGGGCCGCGUCAUUCUGCUUGACGCAUUGGGGCCGCAUAGUGCGGACUCAGGGGUUCCUACGUCUGCCACGAUCAGCUCUCGUUGAGCUGUCCCAGGAAAUCGAUAUGGAGGGUCGAGUCAUCGCGGGCGAAGAACUCGAGUACGUGGAUAACUGCCGCGGCCGGUUCGACACUUCUGGCGUCUCGCGGAAAGACAGCAUCAGUAGCGUCCACUCGCAGGCCCUGCCUUCGGACGUGGAUGACUCGGAAGGCAUGGAUAUGGCGUGACUCUUCAGGAUACUACGGCGAAGGAUUCACUUUGGACGGACUUGACUAUGCGAAUCCAGACAUUGAAUAAUGCUUUUUUUUAAUCCGCAUUUUCGGCUUACCUCGCAAGGGAAAGGGGGAUUGCAUUUUAUGGAUAUCCGAGGUGCACCUGGCGUGCACCCGGCACGAAGCAAUGGAUAUGAAUUCUGGGUUUUGCACGUCUGUUCUUUUCUAAACACGGGGUCGAUACAAAUAAACGAACGUCAACCGCGGAGAGGUUGUCGGACUUGGAUUUUUAAAUCAGCAUCGUUUGGCGUUCUGGGGACGGGGGUAGGGGGUAGGUUAGGUCGAGUAAGGUAGUCAGUCAACAACAGGUCAUCACAGAAGGGAAUCAAGGCAAGAUGCAUCGGGCUGGGAUAUGCUAAACUAGGUUGUUAAAGAAAGGGGGGCUUAUUUGUGCGUAUACGCCUGCGUGUAGCUUAUUCUACCUACAUAGGCAAUGGUUUAAUACUACUACUGCUGCUGCUCAA